AAAUUUCACUGGACGUAAUGAUGCAAAUCCUGCCACCCAUGCUUUUGUCACUUCUCCUGAUGUUGUAACGGCGAUGGUUUUCGCGGGUAAUCUCAAGUUCAAUCCCAUGACUGACACUCUUACGGAUUCUACCGGAAAACCUUUUAAAUUUGAAGCUCCAACUGGCGAUGAACUCCCCCCUCGUGGCUACGAUCCUGGUGAGAAUUUAUAUCAAGCUCCAGCAAAGGAACUUCACACGGUCGAUGUGAAAAUUGAUCCAAAAAGCCACCGACUUCAAGCGUUGACUCCGUUCCCCAAGUGGGAUGGUAAAGAUCCUGAAAAUUUACCUAUUUUGAUUAAAGUCAAAGGCAAAUGCACGACAGAUCACAUCUCCAUGGCUGGACCUUGGCUUAAAUAUCGUGGUCACCUAGACAACAUUUCAAAUAACAUGUUGAUUGGCGCAGUUAACGCUGAAAACGACUCUGUUAAUAAGGUGAAGAAUAUCCUCACCGGAGAUUAUGACGCCGUUCCCAACGUUGCUCGCGAUUAUAAAUCAAAAGGCUUAAGUUGGAUUGUAGUCGGUGACGAAAAUUACGGCGAAGGUUCGUCACGAGAACAUGCAGCUUUGGAAGUUCGCCAUUUAGGUGGAAUAGCGGUGGUUGUAAAGUCGUUUGCUAGAAUCCAUGAGACAAAUCUUAAAAAACAGGGAUUAUUACCACUUACAUUCGCAAACCCAGAAGAUUAUAAUAAGAUUGACCCAAGUGACAAAGUGUCAAUUAUUGGAUUAACUACUUUUACUCCCGGAAAACCACUAACGCUCAGACUUCAUAAAUCAUCUGGAGAAAAAGUCGACAUUCCUGUUAAUCAUACUUUCAAUGAAAAUCAAAUUAGUUGGUUUAAGGCCGGUUCAGCUAUAAACAAAAUAGCCGAGGAACAUGCUCAAAA